UUGUUAGGUAGUGUUGGCAAAUAAGGGACCAUAUGCUAUAUUUGUGGUUACAAAUUAUCCAUUUUUUGAGUGCUUACUUUUUUCUUUCCCUUUAGCUUAGCUAAAUCCACUUAUUCCAACCCCACUCCCCCUCUCUCUUUGUACUCUGUAGCAAAGGUUUUCGGUUAAUGCUUUGUAAAAUAUUUCUUUGCCUCUCCGGAUACAGCCAGGAAGUUUUGUUUUUGCCUUGCAUGAUCUUGUAGAUAACCAUGGCUACCUCAAAUGGGAUCAUUUAUUAUUCUGCUAAAUCACCUCAACACCCAAAGGUUCACAACGGAUAUUCUCCUAUACCAAGACUGAAGUUUUCUAAUAAGGGGUUCUGGGAGGUGUGCGGAAAACUAAGCAACCGUGUCAUCUUCAGGGGAUCUCCUGUGUUAUGUCGCUCAACAGAAACACAUGAUACUGAGACCAAAGAGUUUGCUAGAAACAGUGGUGAUUGUUCCAACAUAUCUAGUGUACAAGAAGAUGAUCAAGCAAUCACAGUUGGGAAAAUUAUUCCGUCAAGCCAGGCGAUUGCUGAAGCUUGUAAAUUUGCUUACAACGAUGCCAAAUUUGUGAAUGAAAGGGCUAAGAAUGAUAUUGUGCUGCUUUCUCGGGAAAUAAUGAGAAUGGACGCUCGUGCACGCCAAGAUGUUGCAUUUCUUGGUUCGGAGUUUCUUAAGCUUGAUGCUCGGGCAAGGGAAGAUACUGAGAAAGUUGAUCAUGAUGUUAAGAGAAGAGCCGAAAGAAUCCAUCAUGUUGCCACUAUUCUUAAAAACAUAGCUCAAUCGAGACUGAAAAAAGCUGCUGAUCGACACUGGAGCGAUGGCGCUUUGGAGGCUGAUUUAAGACGUGCCGACUUUGUGGCGAAACAACGUGCAAUGGAAGAUUCUCUGAUGGCUUUGGAGUUUGUCAAGAACAUUCAUGAUAGAAUGGUGAGCAAAAUGUACAAAUUAAAAAGAAGUUCCAUAGAUUCAGAGAAAACGAGGCAUAUUACACUUGAGAAGAAUGGGAAGACUCUGGAGUUUCUUCCUGGGGAAGUUUCUGCUGAUCGCCUCACUGCUAUCCAGGAAGCUUAUUGGGAUAUAGCAUCUGCACUUUCGGAAGCUGAUGGAAUUGACUAUACUGAUCCAGAAGAGCUCGAGCUGUUGGUUGCAACACUCAUAGAUCUUGAUGCAAUGGAUGGUAAAAGUAGUGUAUCAUUGCUGGCUGAGUGUUCAAGUUCUCCUGAUGUAAAUACAAGGAAAGCAUUAGCAAAUGCACUCUCAGCUGCACCAUCCAUGUGGACUUUAGGAAAUGCCGGCAUGGGAGCGUUGCAGAGACUGGCAGAAGACGAUAACCCUGCCAUUGCUGCUGCUGCAUCGAAAACCAUUCUUGAAUUGAAAAGACAAUGGGAAAUAGGAGAGGGCGAUAGCUGGAGGUUCAUGGUGGACGAAGAGUCACCCGAGGACGACAAUGGAACAUAUUAGAACCUGCCCCAUAACUCAAAAUACUGUAGAUAUCUAGAUGAAGGGACUAAUCGAUAUUUCAGAGUCCUGUGAAAAAUAGUUCAUAAGCUCUACUUACAUUAGAAAACAAAAAAGAAACAAAUAUCCCAAAAUGAUAUUCAUCCUUUUAUGCUUUGCAACUUGUUUGUCUCUUUGGAUCCUUGAUAUUUUAAGUAUAAAAAGUCUAAAGCAACACUUUAUUCUUCUUAUUAUA